CUUCAAGUAGCGCAUACUCUUCACCUAGGCAACUCUGUGACCACAUCGAUCGUCAACGCAGCAAGCGUGGUCCUACGGAACGUGCGGCAGCACAAACACCGCAUCUCAGCACGGUGCGACUGCAAAAAACACAAGUAAGAGCAUGCACGCAAAAGCAGCCCUCCUCGCCGCGGCGGCAGUGGCCUUCGCGCCGCCACCAAGCCAACCAGCACCACCGCGACCGCACGCCGCAUCAAUCGCACUGGAAGAGGAGCCGGCGAAGCCCGUACGCGGCGUCCGCCGCGCCGCGCUCUGGAUGAACGUGAGGAGCGCGCUCUGCUACGCGAACAACAUCUUCCCAAAAAACGCCUACGGACGCGGCGUGUCCUUCCGGGCGAAGCGCGAGGGCUUCUGGGUGUCGCCGGCCAAUCCUUGGGCGGCCAAACCAAUAAUAAGGGCCUGUCGCACAAUCAAAAGCCAACAACCCUACUUACUCAACGACUUGCGCAAGAACGUCUGCUUCCUGCACAACCCCGAUAAAAAACUAAGUCCCCAGUUCGUCAUGCACUGCGACUGGUGUUCUUUACUGAACGGCAUUUGCCAUACCAUAAAAACGAAUGCAGGGACCGGCGACGAAGCCGCGCGGGUUAUUGGAGUGGCUUCCGGAGAUUUCGAGCGGGCCGAGGCCUACAUGCGCUUCGCCAUGGCCAGUCGCCACAAUGAAGAUGAAAAUGCGUUUUUGCGGGACGCGGACGCGUACUGCGACGAGGCCUUCGGUUCCUUGGACGAAAGCCUGCGGGUCUUCUCGCGCUUCGCUUUGAGGUUAGAAAGGGUGGAAUUGGUGUGGUGUCCGUUCAAGCGCUGCGCCGAGGAUUACUACCGGAACGCUGAUGCGAGGUAUCGCCGUCAUCCAUCGCCCGAAGCCGAGGAGGCGCUCUAUAAACGUUUAGGGGCCAUGCUCGGUGAUACCGUGGAAUGUAGAGACUGCGCAUCGGAGUUCAACGCGGAAUUCCCGAUGGAGGGCUCGAACGCGCGAUCGAUCUACCAGGGGCUCCUGGACGCGCUGUGUAACGAUUAGUGUAGAG